AAAAAUAAACUGUCUACAAUUCAUUUGGUAACUGGUGACUUCACUUAAAAGUAGUUAAGAUAUUUAAUCAAAAAUAAACGCACGUUAUGAGAAACACAGUUUUCUAUUCAUAUUUUUGUAUAUUUUUUGCAAUUAAAAUAGUAUUUCACGAUGGAUACAAAAUAUUGGGAGUGUUCCCGAGCUCUUCACCAUCGCAUUAUAUUUUGGGAUCGGCUUUGCUAAAAGGUCUAGCAGCCAAAGGACAUAAAGUCAGUGCAAUUACAGCAUUUCCGCAUAACGAACAAAUUGAAAAUUAUGAAGAAAUUCCAAUACCAAAAGUCUUAGAGAGCUUUGAAGAUGUACUUAAGGAUAUCGAAAAACCUGGGGGGAAAUCUCUACUGCAGUAUUACAACAGCAUCAUGACCACAGGGUCAACUUUAUCUGAAAAAGUUCUGGAACAACCAAUAGUUCAAAGACUUCUAACGAGCAAAAAUCGAACGUUCGAUUUGAUAAUUUGCGAAAUAUAUCUGAACGAUGCACUUUAUGGUCUUGGGCAACAUUUUAAUGCUCCUCUCAUUACCCUAUCUCCAAUGGGAAGCAGUUUGUUGAGCUCAAUUUUAAGUGGAGCACCUAUUCCACCAUCAUUUGUCCCAAAUAUUUUGCUUGGAAGCACUGACCGAAUGAACUUUGUAGAACGAGCAUUGAAUUUGGCAGUUCUUACAGUUGAAAACAUCAUUUAUCAACUUUAUUGGUUACCCUACCAAUCGAAGGUCUAUAAUAAGUUUUUCCCCAAUGCUAAAUUGACUUUUGAAGAAGUCAUGAUGAACGUUUCACUGAUUCUGCUUAACCAACACUUUUCCAUAAGUAAUCCUGAACCGCUUCUGCAAAAUAUGGUAGAAGUUGGAGGACUUCACAUUUCGCGUCAAAAGCAGUUACUUCCAUUGGAAAUCCAAACAUUUCUUGACAAGGCACACGAUGGUGCUAUUUAUUUUUCCUUGGGUACGAAUUGCAAAAGUUCAGGACUACGUAUGGAGGCGAUCGAAGCUAUGUUAAGAGUUUUCAGGUCUAUGAAGCAAAGAGUUCUCUGGAAGUAUGAGAAUGCGAGUCUUCCCGGAAAAAGUGACAAUGUUCUAAUUAGAAAUUGGUUCCCACAAAAUGAUAUUUUGGCCCAUCCCAAUGUUAAAUUGUUCAUUACACACGGUGGACUUUUAAGUACGACAGAAGCUGUGUACCACGGAAAACCACUGUUGGCGAUUCCAGUGCUCAUGGACCAGUUUAUGAACGUGGCCAGAGCUGUUGAAAAAGGCUAUGCAAUCAAGCUAUCAACUUCACAGCUAUCAUCAGAUGAUAUAUUCAAACGAACUUUGACAGAACUUCUUACUGACCCGAAAUAUUCUUCUAAAGCCAAACAAAUUUCAGCUAGCUAUCGAGACCAACCUUUGGAACCUUUGGAAGUUGCAAUUUUUUGGGUAGAAUACGUGCUGAGGCACAAGGGAGCACCUCAAUUGCUUUCGACUGCACUAAACCUAAAUUUCUUCCAAUAUCACAGCUUGGAUACUAUCGCCGUUGUUUAUGGAAGUGUGGUUUUAAUAUUACUCCUGGUUGGAUUUAGCUUAAAGAAAUUUGUUAACUGUAUCUUCGGCUGUAAAAGGAUUUCAAAGAGAAAGACAGAGUGAUUUAAUAAUACUUAUAGUUAUAAAUUAAAAGUGAAUAAGAACGACAGAUUAGGUCAUUUUUUUUUUUUUUUUUUUAUUUUAAGCUUGAAUUUUGUUCACAUAAUUUUAGGGUUUGUGUGAGUUUUAUUUCGAAAACUACCCUAGUGAUGAACAUAAAAACUUUUUGCUUCCGAUAACGCAUUCUAUGGGGGAAUCUUGAAUAUUUAAUGAUUGAUAGUCAUAAAAAUAAAGUUGCAUAGUGCUGUAAAUUA